AUGAAGACUAUUGCGUCAAUAAUCUUGUUAGCUGGUAGUGCUAUCUUUCUCAUCGUGAGCAUUGCUCAGGAUAAAAUGGGCACAAGCGGGAUUGCCAAAAUCAAGUUGGAUCUACCACAGCUAUUGCCCCGAAAAGCCUUCAAAAUUCCCAAGGUCAACCCACUUCCUUACAUUACGCAGCUUGGCGAUAUCACCCAGCUCCCCGACAUUACCCAACUCCCAGACAUUCCCUCACCUUCUGACCUAACCGACCUUCCCGACAUCACCGACCUUCCUCAUGUCACUAACAUUCCGGAACUCCCAACAGAUGCGAAAAGUAUCAUUUCUCAUAUUGCCACGCGAGUUUCCGAGGGUAUUUCUCAAGCAACAAGUGCGGUCUCAGCUCUAGGCAAUGUCCCGGAGAGCAUCACCCUUGGAACUUAUCAAAUCUGUUAUAUUGCUAAGAAUGAUAACAUUAGCUGUCAAAACAUUCCUUCUGAUAUUUCAUCUCUAUUUCCAAGCCCCCUCAACACUCUCCUAGACCUUGACAGCAUUGAUCCGCUCAUAUCCGUUGGCCUCAAGGUUAAUGUCCGUUCUUGCUUGAUCACAACUUUGGUGGGGGUUCUCCUUCUUGCUGCGCUGAUCAUUGCGUUACGUACUAUUGAUAUUACCACAUUCGGCAUCUUCUCCCGCAUCCCCCUCCUUAAGGCCAUAAUAGAGAUAAGCGUUACUGUCCUAGUAUUUAUUCCUUUGAUACUGGCUGCAUCAAUCACCUUUUCAACACCCUCCCUACUCCGGAAGGUCGAGUAUCUGCAAGUAGAAAAUGGGGAUCUAGUAUGGUGCAUCGGCUUGGUACUUGGUUUUAUUAUUGCUGGUGUAGGGGUACGGCAUUGUCCUUCUUCGUAGAUGGACCCGAUUUCUACUUCCAUAUGAGCCGUUUUUGGCACCUGCGCUCGUAUACGUACUUCCUAGUGUUACGGUAAUACUGGGCUGGCAGGAUCUGGCUCAAUAUAUUAUCGAUUCCCCUU